AUGAUGCGUGGGACCAAGUAUGGCCUGCUCCUUCAAUCACCUGACACUAAAGCGCCAAAGUUUGAUCUGGUGUAUGGCGGUGGCUCGCAUUUUAUUCUGCGAGCAUGCGCGGAGGCCUCUCCCUUAUAUGCGGUGGGGGACAAUCGCUUUGGUCAACUCGGAUCUGUGCGCAUCCGCAAUGACAAUACAACUUUGCACUGCGUGUCAUACUUUUCUAAAGACCAAGGAUUUCCCGCCGGGGUCCAGCAUGUGGCCUGCGGCGAUCGACACACGAUCGCUCUGAGCACAGAGGGCGAUGCAUAUGUAUGGGGCUGGUAUGCGCCUUGGGGUUAUUCACCCCCUGCGCCUGUGGAUCUGGGAGAUAAUCAGCAUGACUAUGCAAACGUAAAGGCUAUUGCGUGUGCAGCAGAUGCAAGCGUCUUCGUCUUAGCUGAUGAAUCUGUGUGGAUCAAUGGAGAAAAAGGCAUUGGUCUCUCAUCGACUACAAAAACCCGACGCGUAAAGAUGGAUACCAAGAUGAAUAACGUCCUGAAUAUAGGUGCUUCACAAUGGACCUUUUUCAUGCUAGUGAGCUGCUAG